AUGGAGCCUCCCCCUGAGCUUUCCCGUGACGUCUACACGGUUGGCUGGGUUUGCGUUACUGAAUCUGAGCUGCUGGCUGCUCGAGUUCUUCUUGACAAAAAACAUACUCGUCCAUCUGUCUCCACCGACGAUAUUUAUCAUGUUGGCCAAAUGGGACUUCACAACGUUGUCAUAGCACAACCGGUCUCCGUUGGCAAAGCUAGUGCUGCUGUCACUGCGGUGAACAUGAUUCGAUCUUUCCAAAAUAUACGCUUCGUGCUGAUGGUUGGAACGGGAGGCGGUGCUACUCAUGCACCUCCCAGACCUGGCGAACUUCAUCCACUCGAUAUCUUUUUGGGUGAUGUCGUUGUCAGUACCUCGGGUCAUGGUCAUGGUGAGUGGGUAUAG